CCCCUAUCUCCGUUAGGUGCGCCGAGGAGGCAAAAAAAUUGUUACUCACUCCUGAUCCGAAUUUCGGCCUUCACCUCCUUAUCCCCACAAUUCAACCAAGUAACUAAACGACCACCGAACCUUAAUACACACCUAGAACCCGGCUGGUUCAAGCACAUACUGGUUGGUUUUUGUGUGCGAUCUUUACACCCGUCUGUUCAUCACAAUUCAACAAACCUAUAUAUUUAUCUGCACUGUCCGGCUGUCCCGAAAAUCCCAUACUCGACCGAGCAAGCCUCCAUACAUCCAUCCCGUCUGAUAAUGCGAACCUGAGCCAGGCCGGGAUGGCGUCCUUGGCCUCGGCUCCUUCAUCGCAAAUUAUUCACAACCCAGCAGACCACGAAAAUGGCACAAAGUCCAUCACUUUAGAAAAGAUGGUAUCGGGUGCGGAGCAGGCGGCGCCUUUGCCGUUACCAACCGGCGUAGCGGGCGGUCUGUCUGCAGGCGAUGAGCCUGUCGAGAUCACUGCUGUUCAGAAAAUGGUGUCGGCCAUUUCUGGCAGCUUAUUGACCGGGCUUUUAGUUACGCCCUUGGAUGUCGUUCGUGUGCGGCUACAGUCGCAAACCAUCGCCAAGCCUGAAUCAUCGGUUAAAGCUUACAAACUACCGCUCACCUCCACAAGCGCAUUCCGCCCGCCUGCUAAUAUAGGCGUCACGGCGUGCUGUCGCGAAGUUUUUUUCAUGAACAACAAUGCCCAGUUCUGCGUUGUUGGUGGUCACACAGAGCCCAGCAGCUCCAGGGCUGCCGCUUUGGAAUGCGCAGUGGAGCAGACACAACAAAGAACAUACAACUCGACUAUAGAUGGCCUUAGGAAAAUCGCCCGCAAUGAAGGCGCAACUGCUCUGUGGCGAGGUCUAUCCCCGACACUUCUCAUGGCGGUUCCGGGCAACAUUAUAUAUUUUACUGGUUACGAAUGGCUCAGAUUUAACAGGGAAAGCCCCAUCGUCAAAGUCGUCAAGGAGGACUAUUCACCCUUGGUCGCCGGUAGUGUGGCAAGGAUAUUAGCAGCAGGGGCCGUCAGCCCCAUCGAGCUAUUCAGAACUCGACUCCAGGCCUCUCACGGCUCUUCAGCGGCAGGCCAUCUGGCCGACACUUUCCGAGGUAUCCGCGAGAUGGUUGGGCUCCAGGGCUACCGGUCACUAUGGCGUGGCUUAACUCUUACUUUGUGGCGGGAUGUGCCCUUCUCCGGCAUGUAUUGGUGGGGCUACGAGUUCAUCAGAGGCAACCUUACCGAUGCCCGCGAGCGAGGGAGGGGUCAGACGCGCGAUGCCGACGAGUCUCGGGGGCGUGCCCGGAGAAGGUCACAGAGCCGUGAGAACCACGCCGAGACGUUCGUGGACAGCUUUGUUGCUGGCGCAAGCUCCGGCGCGUUUGCAUCGGUGGCAACAAUGCCUUUCGAUGUUGGAAAAACGCGCACUCAAGUGUACCAGAGCAAUGGCGGCUUGUCCAAGUCUGCCAAGGCUAUAGCACCCGAGGAGCGGAGUAUGGUGCAAUUGUUGUGGCAUAUCUUCCGGACUGAGGGAGCAGCCGGGCUGUUCAAAGGUUGGAUUCCAAGGACGCUCAAGGUGGCACCCGCCUGCGCCAUCAUGAUCAGCAGCUAUGAGGUUGGUAAGAGGUCGUUCAGGAGUAUGAACGAAAGGAAAUUACGGCAAGAGAUGGAGCUGAAGCAGUCCUAAUAAAAAGGGCUCUGGUGGUAUAUUUGACUUGUUUGUUAUUUUCUUGGGACUCUUUCACGGGAAAAACACCUCUCUGUUGCGCAUUUGGAUGCAUUGUAGGGCGUUCCGGGUAUUGAAGGAAAGCGUUAAUUAAUUCUUGCGAGCUGUGAUUUUUCACAUGCUCUUUAGACGCGACGAGGAAAAAAAAAAAAAAGGAAAAAAAAAAAAAGGCCGUCCGGACUUGGGAUGUUGUGGUGGCUGUAUUUGGUUUCUUCUCAAGUCUGGUCCAGAUACAAUCCUCAAUUUCUUGGCCGGUGGUAUGGAUGUAAGACUAGGAACAAAAUAGCAAAAGCAUAGAUCUGUUGGAAAGCUCAUGAUUCAUGACAUGUUCUAACCUUUCACAAAUUCCGCGCGG